AGGAUUCUCAAGCUCUUUCCAUUCCCCGGCUAUAAACACUCUCUCUCCUCCUCUGUCUCUCUCUAUCUCUCUCUCUCUCUAUUUCUCCUCCCCUGUUUCUUACGUCUCUGCUCGCGAAACUCAGACGGAAACAAGCGACGUCCGACGACGACGAGGAAGCAAAGAUGCCGGACGAGGUCUUCAUCGGCUCCAUCGAUCAGGGCACCACCAGCACCAGGUUCAUCCUCUACGACCGCCAUACCCGCCCGAUCGGAUCUCACCAGGUGGAGUUCACCCAGUUCUACCCCGAGGCCGGGUGGGUGGAGCAUGAUCCAAGGGAGAUCCUGGAGAGUGUGAAAGUUUGCAUUGCUAAAUCUUUGGACAAGGCCACAGCAGAUGGUCACAAUGUGGACGGUGGGCUGAAGGCAAUUGGUAUAACCAAUCAGAGAGAGACGACUCUUGUUUGGAGCAAAACCACUGGCCUCCCUCUCUACAAUGCCAUCGUUUGGAUGGAUGCCCGCACGAGCUCCAUCUGCAGGAGACUGGAGAAAGAACUACCAGGAGGGAGAACCCAUUUUCAGCAGACCUGUGGGCUGCCCAUCAGCACAUACUUCAGCGCAGUGAAACUCCUGUGGCUGAUGGAGAAUGUCCCCGAGGUCAAGGCGGCUGUGGAGAAAGGGGAUGCCUUGUUUGGGACCGUAGACACGUGGCUGAUCUGGAACCUCACAGGGGGCCUUCAAGGCGGACUCCAUGUUACUGAUGUCUCAAACGCAUCUAGGACGAUGCUAAUGAACCUCAAGACACUCGAGUGGGACAAGUCUACCUUGGAUAUUCUCAAGAUUCCUCAAGGAAUCCUUCCUAAGAUAGUCAGCAACUCAGAGGUCAUCGGUACCGUGGCUAAAGGGUGGCCCAUUGCUGGGGUGACUAUCUCAGGCUGCCUUGGGGAUCAACAUGCAGCCAUGUUGGGCCAGGCCUGCCAGAAGGGUCAGGCCAAGAGCACUUACGGGACAGGGGCCUUCAUCCUGCUCAAUACGGGCGAAGAGAUUGUCCACUCUGGCCACGGGCUUCUGAGCACCAUUGCCUUCAAGCUUGGCUUGAAAGGGCCAGUGAACUAUGCUCUUGAGGGCUCAAUUGCCAUAGCUGGGGCUGCUGUCCAGUGGCUGAGGGAUAGCCUUGGCAUAAUUAGCUCAGCAAGUGAAAUAGAAGCCUUAGCACUACAGGUCGAGUCCACCGGCGGGGUCUACUUUGUGCCUGCCUUUAACGGGUUAUUUGCUCCGUUUUGGAGAGAUGAUGCCCGUGGGGUAUGUAUUGGGAUUACGAGGUUCACCAACAAGUCCCACAUUGCCCGUGCAGUUCUUGAGAGUAUGUGCUUUCAAGUGAGGGAUGUGCUUGACUCGAUGCACAAGGAUGCAGGGGAAAAGGGCGAGACCAAGAAUGAGGAUGGGGAGUUUCUGCUUAGGGUCGAUGGCGGGGCCACUGUUAACAACCUGUUGAUGCAAAUUCAGGCGGAUGUGUUGGGAAGCCCAGUGGUAAGACCCGCAGACAUAGAGACCACAGCGCUGGGAGCAGCCUACGCUGCUGGACUAGCUGUAGGCGUAUGGACUGAGGAUGAAAUCUUCUCCCAAGAGAAGAUAAAAAAGGCCACAAUGUUCCGCCCUGCAAUUGAUGAGGAGCUGAGGAAGAAGAAAUUGCAGUCGUGGGCCAAAGCCAUUGAAAGGACAUUCGACUUGGCCGACCUCUCCCUUUAAAUUCUUUGACGGACAGUUGUUUCCUUUCUAUAGAUUACGUUACUGCGGGAACACUCAAAAUUAGUAAUUAUUUGGUUGUGAAUUGAUAUCUUUUCUUGAAUAAGAAUAUUUCUUAGUGCCC